AUGGGGAGCGCCGCUAAGCUUAUCGUGGAUGCCCUGCUACAACGGUUCCUUCCACUUGCUAGACGUAGGAUUGAAACAACACAAGCACAUGAUGGACGCUACCUUCGGCCAUCGGAUCCAGCUUAUGAACAAGUGUUGGAUUCCUUAGCUUUGGUGGCUCGACACAUGCCUGUACCUCUUCUUGAAGCGCUUCUUCGCUGGAGAGACAGUGAAUCCCCAAAAGGUGCAAAUGAUACAUCUGCAUUUCAGAAAAAGCUUGCAGUGGAGUGCAUUUUUUGUUCAGCUUGUAUUCGCUUUGUGCAGUGUUGUCCACCUGAUGGACUUACAGAAAAACUAUGGAGUGGGCUUGAACAUUUUGUAUUUGAUUGGUUGAUCAAUGCUGACAGGGUUGUAAGUCAGGUUGAAUAUCCUUCGUUGGCUGAUUUGAGGGGGCUCCUUCUAGACUUAGUUGCACAGCUUGUGGGUGCUCUAUCACAGAUCAGGUUCACAUCUGUAACUGGACACUUUUUCAUGGAACUCAACACCCGUCGUAUCGAUACUAGUGGGGCCCGAACCGAAACCCUCAGCAUCAUUAACGGGAUGCGACAUCUAAAGCUCGGGGUGAAGACGGAGGGUGGUAUCAAUGGGUCAGCAUCUUUUCUGGCAAAAGCCAAUCCACUGAGUCGUGCUCCCAGCAAACGAAAAAGUGAACUUCACCAUGUGCUUUGCAAUAUGUUGUCAAGCAUUUUGGGCCCACUUGCAGAUGGUGGUAAAGCUCACUGGCCUCCACCUGGCAUGCAACGUGCACUUCCUGCAUGGUAUGAAGCUGUUGCACGUGUAAGGAUACAAAUCAUUCAUUGGGCAGACAAACAGAGCAAGCAUAUACCUGCUGCUUACCCUUUGGUGACUCUGCUUCUUUGUCUUGGUGAUCCUCUUGUUUUUCUCGGCAACUUUACUGUUCAUACUGAGCAACUGUACAAACAUCUAAAGGAUAAGAACAACCGGUUCAUGGCUCUGGAUUGUAUACACUGUGUUACAAAAUUUUAUCUGAGUGUUCAUGGGGAGUCCCAACAAUCAAACCGGGUAUGGGACUACCUGGACAGUGUGACUGCACAGCUUCUAACAGCUCUUAAAAGAGGGAUGCUUACACAAGAUGUCCACCAUGAUAAACUUGUUGAACUCUGUGUUACAAUAGGGGAACAUCACCUUGAUUUUUGUAUCAAUCAUGUGAUACUGGAAUUGCUUAAGCAAGAUAGUCCAAGUGAGGCGAAGGUCAUUGGUCUUCGUUCUUUACUUGGCAUUUCAGUGGCCCCCACAAGCGAACAUAUCGGCUUGGAAACCCUUCAUGCUCAGGACUUGGGUCACUACGUUCCAAAAGUAAAGAUUGCAAUCGAGUCUAUAUUAAGGUCAUGCCAUAGAGCUUACAAUCUGGCACUUCUCACCUCUUCAAAGACAACUAUAGAUGCCAUCACAAAGGAGAAGUCACAAGGGUAUCUUUUUCGGUCAGUUUUAAAGUGCAUACCAUACCUGAUUAAAGAUGUUGGUAGAAGUGAUAGAAUGACUGAGAUAAUACCCCAACAUAGUAUCAGCAUUGAUCCUGGUAUUCGUGAGGAAGCAAUACAAGCACUGAAUAGAAUUGUGAGAUUCCUACCUGAACGUCGGUUUGCAGUUAUGAGAGGUAUGGUGAAUCUCAUCUUACGCCUUCCAGACGAGUUCCCUCUUCUCAUUCAAACAUCAAUAAGCCGCCUUCUAGAACUCUUGCGUUUAUGGAGAGCUUCUCUUUCUGACGAUAAUGUUGAACAUGAUGAUUUCCAUGCUUCAGAGAUUGAAGCAGUUGGUCUUAUCUUUCUUACUUCUGCUGAUACUCAUAUUAGGCACACAGCAUUGGAAUUGUUGCGAUGUGUGCGUGCUUUACGAAAUGAUAUACAAAGCUUUCUGUUAUGUGAAAAGUCGGAUCUCAUAGAGCCUAUACUAAUGAUCGAUGUGUUUGAGGAAAAUGGGGAUGAGAUUUUUCAGAGCUGUUACUGGGAUUCCAGCCGUCCGUUUGAUCUGAGACGAGAAUCUGACGUGGCACCUCCUGAUGUGACACUUGAAGCUAUGCUUUUUGAAAGCCCUGAUAAGUACAGAUGGCCUCGUUGUCUUAGUGAGCUUGUCAAAUAUGGUGCACUUCUCUGUUCACGUUCCAUUCAGGAAGCAAAGGUAGAGAUUAUUAAAAGACUUGCACUUGUGACACCUGUUGAAUUGGGGGGAAAGGCUCAUCAGUUACAAGAUGCAGACAACAAAGUAGACCAGUGGCUGUUGUAUACUGUGUUUGCUUGUUCUUGUCCACCUGGAAGGGAAGGCGCUGGCACAUCAUCAACACGAGAGCUAUUCCGACUCAUAAUUCCCUCACUAAAAUCUGGUUCUGAAGCAUAUGUUCAUUCUUCCAGUAUGGCUCUUGGUCAUUCACAUCUGGAAGUGUGUGAAGUAAUGUUCAGUGAGCUGGCAUCUUAUAUGGACGAAAUUUCUUCAGAAACAGAAGGAAAACCAAAAUGGAAGAGUCAAAAACCUCGACGUGAAGAACUCCGAAUCCACAUUGCAAAUGUAUACAGAAGUGUUGCUGAGAACAUAUGGCCUGGGAUGCUGUCGCGUAAGCCUGUUUUCCGCCUUCAUUAUUUGAAAUACAUCGAUGAAACAACCAGAUUAAUCACAACAGGACCUCUUGAGAAUUUUCAUGAAAUGCAAACUCUUCGUUACACACUUGCAUGUGUACUAAUCCCAUUGGCUCCUGAAUUUGUGGACUCAAAAUCAGAAAAAUUUGAUCCGAAAACCAGAAAGCGAUUAUUCGAUCUUUUUCUCUCAUGGUGUGAUGACUCAGGUAGUGCAUUGACUCAGGACGGGUUAAGUGAUUAUCGGCGUGAAGUUGAACGAUACAAGUCUAGUCGCUACACGCGGUCAAAAGAUUCGGUUGACCGAGUCUCGUUUGACAGAGAACUUUCUGAACAGGUUGAAGCAGUGCAAUGGGCUUCCAUGAAUGCCAUGGCUUCAUUGUUAUAUGGACCUUGUUUUGAUUUUGAUAAUGCGAGAAAAAUGAGUGGAAGGAUUAUAUAUUGGAUUAAUAGUCUCUUCAUUGACUCUGCACCCAGGGCCACUUUUGGUUAUUCACCCACUGAUCCAAGAGCUCCAUUUUAUGCUAAUAAACACACAGGAGGAGGAGGAGGAGCUACUGGACGUGAUAGAACCAGAUCUGGUCACCUUCGUGUUUCCCUUGCUAAAAUAGCUUUAAAGAAUCUUAUUCUUACAAAUUUAGACCUUUUUCCUGCUUGCAUUGAUCAGUGCUAUUAUUCUGAUGCGGGUGUAGCAGAUGGAUACUUCAGUGUAUUGGCUGAAGUCUACAUGCGUCAAGAAAUGCCUAAAUGUGAAAUCCAACGACUCUUGAGUUUGAUUCUUUAUAAAGUGGUGGACCCAUCUAGACAGGUUCGUGAUGAUGCCUUACAAAUGCUUGAAACUUUAUAUAUCCGCGAAUGGGCUGAAGAAGAUAAGAUUGAAAGUUCCGGAAGCUGCUAUCAAGCUGCAGUAGUUGGGAACCUUCCGGAUUUCUACCAACAGUUUCAGUACAAAUUAUCUUGCAAACUUGCCAAAGAUCGCCCCGAGCUGAGUCAGCUUCUUUGUGAGGAAAUCAUGCAGAGACAACUAGACGCGGUUGAUAUAAUCGCGCAACACCAAGUUUUAACAUGUAUGGCUCCUUGGAUCGAAAAUCUUGACUUUUGGAAGCUUCAAAAUUCAGGGUGGAGUAAAAGAUUAUUGAAAAGUCUUUAUUAUGUGACGUGGCGACACGGUGAUCAUUUUCCCAAUGAAAUCGAGAAGCUUUGGAGAACUAUUGCGAGUAAGACGCGUAACAUCCGCCCGGUUCUUGAUUUUUUAAUCACUAAAGGAAUUGAAGAUUGCGAUUCCAAUGCAUCAACGGAAAUAAGCGGUGCGUUUGCUACAUAUUUUUCAGUUGCUAAAAGAGUAAGUUUAUAUCUAGCUAGAAUUUCUCCACAAGGUACGAUCGAUCACUUGGUUUACCAAUUAGCCCAACGAAUGCUUGAAGAUAGUUUAGAACCCAUCAGACCAACAUCUAACAAGGGCGAUUUGGGAAAUUUCAUUUUGGAGUUUUCUCAGGGUCCAACUCCAACACCAGUUCAGAUGCAGAGUACUGCGUUUGUUGUUGAUAACCUAAACCCGCCGCCUCAUUUGUCACCAUUACAGGUUCGAGGAUCUGUAGAUGGUCAACUAACAAGGAUAAACCUUGCUCCGGUAACUUCCGGAAGGUCUAGCCAGCUGAUUCCGUUGAUGUCACCGCUAAUGGGAGUCUGGAAUUCACGAAGCCGACAUGCUUCUCGGGAUAGUGGGGAUUACCUGAUCGAGACACCGAAUUCGAAUUCUGAAGUAGAUGGUCUGCAUGCUUUUAGUGGAAUACUCGGUGUUAGUGCUAAAGAGCUUCAUACAGCCUUACAAGGUCAUCAGCAGCAACAUUCCUUAACCCAUGCAGAUAUAGCUCUGAUCCUACUUGCAGAAAUUGCUUAUGAAAACGACGAAGAUUUCAGGGAGCAUUUACCUUUACUUUUUCAUGUGACAUUUGUCUCCAUGGACAGCUCAGAAGACAUUGUUCUAAAACACUGUCAGCAGUUGCUCGUUAAUUUACUAUAUUCACUCGGUGGGCGACAUCUGGAGCUUUACACUGUUGAAAAUAAUGACGGGGAAAACAGACAACAAGUUGCGAGUUUGAUUAAAUACGUCCAUUCAAAACGCGGGAACAUGAUGUGGGAAAACGAGGACCCCACAGUCACUGAAAUCAACCUCCAAAGUACAAAGCUAUUGUCUGCACUUGUGCAAAGCAUGGUGGAAGCUAUCUUUUUUCAAGGUGAUCUUCGUGAGACAUGGGGAACCGAGGCACUCAAAUGGGCAAUGGAGUGCACGUCUAGACAUCUCUCGUGUAGGUCCCACCAAAUCUACCGGGCCCUACGACCCCAGGUCAACCAUGAUGCAUGCAUCCUUCUCCUCAGAUGCCUUCAUCGAUGCUUACAUAACCCUGUACCCGAAGUUUUGGGUUUUGUUAUGGAAAUUCUGUUGACUUUACAAGUCAUGGUGGAAAAUGUGGAGCCCGAGAAGGUAAUUCUAUACCCCCAUCUUUUCUGGGGGUGUGUCGCGAUGAUGCAUACGGAUUUCGUUCAUGUUUAUUGUCAGGUGCUUGAGCUAUUCCUGCGUGUGAUUGACCAUUUAGUAUUUUCAGAUCGAACAACAGAAAACGUUCUUCUUUCAAGCAUGCCACGGGACGAGUUUGACCACAGUGUGGUUGACUUUGACUUUGACUUUGAGUUUCAGAGAAUCCCGGGUUUCAAAGGCAUACAGCCUCUUGUACUCAAAGGACUCAUGUCAACCGUGAGUCACGAUGUUUCAAUCAAGGUUCUCUCACGGUUAACCGUGCCCUCUUGUGAUUCCAUAUUCGGGGACCCGGAGACGAGACUUUUGAUGCAUAUCAUCGGUUUGCUUCCGUGGCUAUGCUUACAUUUAAACCCGGAAGCAGUUGUGGGGUACACUUUUUUCCCCCCAAAACGCGUGUUUGGUUUCGGUGAAUCUUGCAAUAUGGUGUCGGGCGAAAUGUUUAGAUGA